AUGGAGAUUCCCCAGAGGCAACUCACAAGGGAGGAAGUUAAUCGAUGUUACUUGCGUUGGCAACAACUUCGCAAUGAACAUGGAGAUAAUGCGUCCAACAUCCCCGAGUUUAUUUAUUUUACCAAGGUCCUUCGAGUCGCUGCCAAACAGCAACAACAACAACAACAACAACAACAACAGCAGCAACAGCAACAGCAACAGCAACAACCGCCACAACAGCAGUCGAACGAAUUGUUGCAGCGUGCACAGGAGAUGCCGUUGCAGUCAGCUAACGGGUCCCAACAGCCACUUCAUAAUCAAGGCCCAAUCCCCCAACCACAAUGGCCGCCACAGCAACAACAACAACAACAACAACAACAACAACAACAACAACAACAACAACAACAACAACAACAGCAACACCAGCUACAACAACAGCAGCAGCAGUAUCAGCAGCAACAGCGUCAACAACAACUACAGCAGCAACAGCAAGCGGCACAACAGCAGCAGCAACUACCGCAACAGCAGCAAGCGGCACAACAGCAGCAGCUUUAUUCGAAUGGCAAUGUGCCGGUUACCAACAACGGAAUUCAGCAAUCACCUGCUGGCCAGUCUCCACUUAUGAACCAGCGCUCAAUGAGCGCUGGCCCCCGAGAUGUGCCUGCUGGCCCUGGUGCACCUACACAGUCACUUUUCACCCCAGAACAAUCGGAAUUGCUGAAGGCGCAGAUAACUUCUCUUCGAUUUCUGCUCAGUAGACAGCCUGUCCCAACAGAUAUUCAAGAAGUAGUUCAAAGAUCUCUGAAUAGCCCGCCCAACUUCAAACAGAUGCUUCUUUCUCUUAGCGAAACUGUAAAAAAGAAGCAACAAACUCAAAAAGGCCAACUACAACCGCCUACUCCGGACAAUGUACCACGUCUGGCGGAUCAAAUGCAACAGCCCCAAACUCAUCCCCAAGUCCAUCCUCAAACUCAUCCACAAGCUUAUCCACAUGCUCACCCACAAGCUCACCCAGAGGCUCAUCCACAUGAAAACCCAACAGCUCCUUUACAAGCUCCUUUGCAGACUCCCUUACAAGCUCAUCCGCAAGCUCACCUACAAGCUCAUCCACAGGUGAGUCCACAAGCUCAACCACAAGUGUACUCACAAGCGCAAUUGCCAGCUCAUCCACAAGCUUAUCCUCAAAAAUAUGGACAAUCACAUACCCAACCGCACCCACAACAAAUUGAGUCUCAUUCGCCACAGUAUGCAAGCUCAGGCGUACCGACACCUCUUGCUCCGUCGAAAGUUCUUCCCCAGUUCAAUGGCAACUUAAAUGCACCUCCAGCCCAAGCCGAAGAAGUUAUUACAAGCAUUAAUAGCCGUUCGCCGCCGACAAAUGAUGUAAAAUACCAAGCUGGAUUGGGUGAAGUGGAGAACGGCAAAGCUACUGAGGAGUUGAAAAAAAAGCUACCAAUUCCGUUGGAAGAAUUUCAAAGGUUGAAUCCCGAGAUUGGGAAAAUAGUAGACAUCAAUGUCCCUGAUAUGAUUGUCGAUUGCUAUUCUCUUCCUAAAUUGCCAGAAGAACCUUUACAAUACGAUAAGCUUUUCCCGAACAAGCUGCUGCCACAACUGACUCUGAGGCCCGGAACCCUGCCGCCUGGCGUCGAUGUUCAUUCGGCUAUGGAAGUUUAUCAGACUUUGAUAGCUCUCGAUAUUGAUACUGCGGUAGACUCCUGCCUUACCGAUAUGCUCAAUGAUGAUGCCGAUCAGGAGAUUAAGAAACUUGCCAAAUUUGAUUACUAUGCACUUCAGCUUUUACCGCUUCAGAAGGCAGUUAGAGGUCAUGUACUACAGUUCGAGUGGUACCAAAAGGCUCUUCUUACAAACACGCACCCUAAUUUCUUGUCCAAGAUCAGAAGAGUUAAUUUGCAAGACGCUUUACUUACCGACGACCUCUACAAGCGACACGAAAUUUUGAAAAGUGAACGUCAAAAGCACGAGCACUUUACCAAGCUAAAGAACAUUGCGGAUGGUGCAAUAACAUGCUAUAACAGAAGACUAAGUAAACGAACCCAAAGGGUAAAGUUUGGCCACCGGUUAGUGUCACUCCAUGCUAACAUAGAGAAAGAAGAGCAGAAAAGGAUUGAAAGAAACGCUAAACAACGUUUACAAGCUUUGAAGGCCAAUGAUGAGGAAGCCUAUAUCAAAUUGCUGGAUCAAACCAAAGAUACUAGAAUUACACAUUUACUGAAACAAACUAAUGCAUUCUUGGAUUCCUUAACAAAAGCUGUCAAAGAUCAACAACAAUACACUAAGGAUAAGAUUGACUCUCACCUGAAAGUCGACGUCGACAUCAACGAAGAUGACAUUGAGGAAGAAGCUCCUGUUUCCUCGCUAGAUAUACAAGACGAAGAAGAGAGACAGAACAUAGAUUACUACAAUGUUGCACACCGAGUAAAGGAAGUGGUUAAAGCCCAGCCUUCAAUUCUGAUUGGUGGUAACUUGAAGGAUUAUCAAUUAAAGGGGUUGCAGUGGAUGGUGUCGUUGUACAAUAACCAUCUGAAUGGUAUAUUAGCAGACGAAAUGGGUCUCGGUAAAACCAUUCAAACAAUCUCCCUCUUGGCGUAUUUAUACGAGGCGAAAAAUGUACGCGGUCCAUCUUUGGUAAUUGUUCCACUUUCUACGCUAACUAAUUGGGAUUCUGAGUUUGACAAGUGGGCUCCAGUUAUAAAAAAAGUGGCCUAUAAAGGCUCACCCAACGAGAGGAAGUCCAAACAAAGCAUAAUUCGAUCGGGGCAAUUUGACGUUGUACUGACAACAUUUGAAUAUAUUAUCAAAGAAAGAGCAUUACUAUCCAAAAUUAAAUGGGUGCAUAUGAUCAUAGAUGAGGGUCACAGGAUGAAAAAUGCCCAGUCGAAGCUUUCAUUAACUCUCAACAAUUAUUAUCAUACGGAUUAUCGUUUGAUUUUGACAGGUACACCUUUACAAAAUAAUUUACCAGAACUUUGGGCUCUGUUAAAUUUUGUUCUUCCUAAAAUUUUCAAUUCUGUGAAGUCGUUUGACGAAUGGUUCAAUACGCCUUUCGCUAAUACAGGAGGACAAGACAAGAUCGCAUUAAGCGAAGAAGAGACACUGCUGGUCAUUAGAAGACUACAUAAGGUUUUAAGACCUUUCUUACUUCGUCGUUUAAAGAAAGAUGUGGAAAAGGAGCUUCCCGACAAAGUCGAAAAGGUGCUGAAAUGUAAAAUGAGUGGUCUGCAACAAAAGCUCUACGAAUUGAUGCUGAAACAUCGCCGUCUAUUUGCUGGCGAUAUAACCGCUAAUAACAAAGUGGUCGGGAUGCGUGGUUUCAAUAACCAGAUCAUGCAGCUCAAAAAAAUCUGCAAUCAUCCUUUUGUGUUUGAGGAAGUCGAAGAUCAAAUUAACCCUACCAGGGAAACAAAUGCUAAUAUAUGGCGUGUUGCCGGUAAAUUUGAACUGCUCGAAAGAAUCCUCCCUAAACUCAAAGCCACAGGCCACCGUAUUUUGAUUUUCUUUCAGAUGACACAGAUUAUGGACAUCAUGGAAGAUUUUUUGAGGUUACUUGACUUGAAGUAUUUGCGCUUGGACGGUCAUACAAAAUCUGACGACCGUAGUACACUUUUACGCGAGUUCAAUGCCCCCGAUUCGCCAUACUUUUGUUUCUUGCUUUCUACCAGAGCUGGGGGCCUUGGUUUAAACUUACAAACUGCUGAUACCGUGAUAAUUUUUGACACAGACUGGAAUCCACACCAAGAUUUACAAGCGCAAGAUAGAGCUCACAGAAUUGGUCAAAAAAAUGAGGUUAGGAUAUUAAGAUUAAUAACCGAAAACUCUGUUGAGGAAGUUAUUUUGGAGCGUGCUCACAAGAAACUAGAUAUCGAUGGGAAAGUUAUUCAGGCUGGUAAGUUUGACAAUAAAUCCACAGCUGAAGAGCAAGAGGCCCUUUUAAGGUCACUAUUAGAGGCUGAAGAAGACCAAAAAAAGAAACGGGAGCUUGGACUGGAAGAGGAUGAACAAAUCGAUGACAGUGAACUAAAUGAGAUCUUGGCGCGAAAUGAGGAUGAGCUCAAAAUAUUUGCAGACAUUGAUGAAGAACGAAGCCGGAGGCAUUUGGAAAAUGGUAUAACCACGACACUAAUGGAGACAGCGGAACUUCCCCAUAUUUAUCAUCAAGAUAUUGAAGCUGAACUCAACAAGAAAGACGAAGACGAUAUGACAGUUGGUGGUAGGGGAACAAGGGAAAGACGGAGUGCGCAAUAUGAUGAUGAGAUUAGUGAAGAACAAUGGCUGAAACAAUUCGAGGUCAGCGAUCAUGAGGAUGACAACUUUGAUGAAACAAUGGAGGUCAGAAAACGUAGCGCUGGCGAAACUAAUACCGUGACCAAGAAGGUCAAAUUGGAAACUGAAGAACCUGCUGAAUUAGAUCACAAACCCGAGAUGAACCUAGAUCAUGAACCUAAGAUGACUCUAGAUGACAAAUCCGAUAUUGAUCCAGAUCACAAUUCUGACCUGGACCAAAAUUCAGAGGAGGGGCUAAAAGAGGAGACUACAAAUUCUUCUCCAGUUCCAACUGCUGGACAAAAGUCUCUGAAGUCCAACGAAAACGCCAAAGUAAAGGCUCGAGCUCGUAGUCGCAUUAGUCGUCCAAACGAUAAGAAGGGUAGGGUUUUUCUUCGUGACAUAUCCCGUUUAGUUCAUUCUGAAGAGGAGAGAGCACUCGUUGCCAAGCAAGCCAAAAAGCUGUAUGAUUACGCAGUCACGUAUAAGGAUGAAGAUGAAAGGAGAUUAGCGGACAUCUUUCUGGUCAAGCCUUCGAAAAAAUUGUAUCCCGACUACUACAAACUGAUAAAGUAUCCAGUGGCAUUUGAGAACGUAUCGAUUCACAUCGAGUCUCACGCGUAUGACACUUUAAAAGAUGCGGUCGAAGACUUUCAUCUCAUUUUUGCAAAUGCCAGAAUUUACAAUACUGAAGAAUCAUUGAUAUAUCUCGAUUCUAUCGAGCUAGAAAAUGCUAUAAUUGAGAAGUACAAGGAGAUGUCGGGACAAGAAGGAGAUGUUGACUUUACAACGUUCGACGAAGAGUAUGCCACGCAACCGCUUGUGACCACAAUGGUCGACGGGCCUAAGGACAUAUCACCACUACCUCUAUAG